AGACAGCGUCUAUAUGGCCAUGAUAUCACCGAUCCUACCGAUUUACCGACACUGCUAACAAUCCAAUCUCCUCCAUUCCUGCCAUUCGCGACCGAUACAGUACUUUCACGAUGAGCUACCCCCCUCCUAACCAACACCAUGGCCACCCCACGGGAGCUCCGCCGAACAUGGCCGCCAACUUUAAUGCCAUGCUACAGCGCUCGAUUCAGGAGCCAGCUCCUCAGGAUAUUAUUUCUGAAGUUCCUGGCAGCCAGCCGGCAAGCAUUGGCUACGGAGGUGUUUAUAGCUCUACCCCACCAACACAGUUCGCUGCUCCGACUCUAGGAAGAGGAAGAACUCCCCAGCCACAGCAAAUACUACCAACAGAACUACCACCCCAGGCUUUCCUCACGUCAGCGAUGCUACUAGAUAUGGUCGAUAAAAAGGUUGACGUACUUCUCCGUGACGAGAAGGAAUAUAUUGGCAUAUUGCGCUCAUACGAUCAAUUUGCAAACCUUGUUCUUACCGAAUGUUCCGAACGUAUAUCUGCACGAAAUCCCGAAGCUUCAAGCGAAGACUUGAGCAUUGCGAAAUGGCUAGUAUGCGAUGUGAAGCUGCCAGGAGUCAUGACGAUAAGAGGCGAGAACGUUACGAUAUGUGCUACAGUCGAUCUUGACCGCGAGGAUACCCCGAGGAAUGUCAAAUUCGCGCCUGAGAACGAGAUCCGAUCGCUUGCUGCAGAACAAAAAUCACAAAGAAAAACAAGAGAUGAUCGUAGAUUCAAAGCUUUGAAGGCCGCCGGCAUUGAGCCAGGUUUCGGCAUGCAAGCAUAGACAGUCGAUAAUACUUUGUUUAUUAUCAGAGUUUGAGUGACUACAUGGGCGCUCAAGGCGGGAUCUGGUCUAUCAAAUAGAGGCGCUCCGGCUCAUUGUUCUUCCAGGAGAUACCAGGACGGGCAAGUCCAUCAAUGUUAUGUGGGGAGGAAUAUGGUAUGCAGUGAUGCCAUUGAACGCACAUUACUGUGGUCUAAGCAACGAGGCGCUUGCAAUUGUGGGGCGUCUAAUUUCGAAUCGAGAUGGAGAUCAGGACGAUUCGCAUGGGAAUGUCACGGAAAUGCAGUGCAGAUAAAAGGGAUUUUCAAGAUUUGGACGGCUGGCCUCGUACACCUCCAAUUGGAUUUCUCCGCACGCAAUUAUCGAAAAGAAGGAAACAUAUCUAUUAUAUCGUAUACCUCAAAUGUGG